AUGCAGCCGCUUUCGCAAAUCACGCUAGCACCAGUCGACUACCGCAGCCUCCUCGCGCAAGGGCAUCGCCAUCUGUUCACAGUCUGCUGUCCAUGGGUUUAUUUUUCUGUCAUUGUUAAGCUUGAUCCUACAGUAAGAGAAGCGUUUGAUGUGGCCUAUGACAAUAUUAAUGCAUUUCAUGCUGCUCAAAGGAUUCCUGAGAAGGAGAUUGAGAAUAUGAAAGGGGUGAGGUGCAAAAGAAUAGCACGGUGCAUUGCAUCUGUUGGCCUUUAUGUUCCAGGGGGUACUGCAGUCUUACCCUCAACUGCUUUGAUGCUCUCGGUGCCUGCACAGAUUGCCGGGUGCAAAACCAUUGUUCUAGCAACUCCGCCUGGUCGUGAUGGCAGUAUUUGCAAGGAAGUGUUAUAUUUUGCAAAGAAAGCUGGCGUCACCCACAUUCUAAAAGCUGGGGGAGCUCAGGCGAUCUCAGCGAUGGCUUGGGGAACAUCAUCUUGCCCAAAGGUUGAAAAAAUUUUUGGGCCAGGAAAUCAAUAUGUUACUGCUGCAAAAAUGAUUCUUCAGAAUAGUGAAGCCAUGGUUUCCAUUGAUAUGCCUGCUGGCCCUUCAGAGGUGCUGGUCAUCGCCGAUAGACAUGCCAAUCCAGUUCACAUAGCUGCAUAUCUACUCUCUCAGUGCUCUUCUUUUAUAAAAUCGCUAAUUUUACAAGCAGAACAUGGUCCUGACAGUCAGGUAGUUCUUGUCAUUGCUGGAGAUGGUGUCAAUGUUGAUGCAAUUUUAGCUGAAGUUUCAGUAGCUUUAACUGGCUACAAUCCAUUUCCAAAAUUGGCACAGAAUUGCCACUUUAUUUUUCAGAAUUCUGCAUUUCUGAAUUUAAAGACAGUAAUCAAUGCUUGA